AUGUCUGCCGAGACAGAGGAGGUGGCCAAAGUCGAGGAGGAGGAGCCACUCCUGGAUAGAGCUGAUGUCGACUGGCCUGAAGACUUCGACACGUCACAGCGCCAGCGGGAGGCCAUGCAGAUGCUCAACAGCCUUUGCGAGGCCCUGGUCUCCCGGGGCGCCUGCGUCGUCCGCCGCGCGGCGGCGCCGCGGAGGGCCGAGGAGGCCAUGGAGAACGCGGCGAAGCUCGAGGAUGUUGGCUGGCUCCGGAAGGAGACGGAGGAGGCCUACCUCGGCCGUGACAACAUGACGCGCAUCAAGGUCUGGGAGCCCUGA